AUGGUCUACUACUUUACGUCAAAUGUGGUGCAGCCGUCUGCCUACAUUUAUAUGGGCAAAGACAAGUUCGAGAGUGCGGCUGCCCCGACGCAACGACGAGACGGUACUAACCGCAGCAGACGAGGAUCUGAUCAAAUACGGACUGGAGAAGGAUGUCUGGUACAGUUCCUGCAAGCUUAUCUCCUCGCAAUCUGGGCUGACGCUAACCGAAGAGGUUCAACUCGCAGGUUCCACGUCGAUAACCUCUCGAGCGCCCACGUCUACGUCCGCCUCCGCGACGGCGAAUCAUGGGACAACAUCGCCGAGGAACUCCUGGUAGACUGCGCGCAGCUCACCAAGGCCAACUCAAUCGAGGGAAACAAGAAAGAUAAUAUCACGGUCAUCUAUACGCCCUGGUCGAAUCUGAAGAAGGACGGAUCGAUGGCGGCGGGGCAGGUCUCGUUCCACAACCACAAGCUCGUCAAGAAGGUUUUCGUCGCGCAGCGGGAGAACCCGAUCGUCAACCGGCUGAACAAGACCAAGGUCGAGAAGUUCCCCGAUUUGCGGGCGGAGAAGGAGGAGUACAAGAGCGUGCAGCUGAGAGAGGAAAGGAAGUCUCGCGAGGAGAAGAAGAACAGGGAGAAGCAGGAGAAGAGGGAGCGGGAGCAGCUGAAGUGGCAGAAGGAUCACGCGUACGACGAUAUGUUCUCGGCGGAGAACAUGGAGGCCAGCAAUAACCAGGACCGGGAUCCGGAUUUCCUGGACGACUUUAUGUGA